CUCAGAAGCGGCGAUGCUCCGAGUUUCGAGGAAACUUUUACAAGAUUGCGAAAGCAUGGCCAUGACUGUAGAUGGCUGUAUUCAAUUCACACGGCACGCAGGUGACGUCCUGCUCAACUUCAACCGCCUCCGCAGCAGGAAUAUCCUCACUGACGUCACUAUACAAGUGAACGGACAGCAUUUUCAUGCUCACAAGGCCAUCCUAGUGGCCUGCAGUGGCUUCUUCUAUUCGGUCUUUAUGAAACCAGAGAAUGCAAACCUUGGUGCAAUAACCUUGGACUCCAAAGUUGACCCCAAAGGUUUCUCCCUCCUGCUGGAUUUCAUGUACACUUCCUGCCUGAACCUUAACGAUGAUGUGGUUUUGGCCACCCUGAGCGCAGCAGUCGACCUCCAGAUGGAACAUGUAGCUGACACUUGCCAAAGGUUCAUCAACUCAAGACAUCAGUCUCUGAAUAUGCAGAUUGAAGAAGUACAGAAAAACUCAAUAAGUAUGGCUGAGGAUAUCUCUGCUUCAAGGCCAGUUAAAGACAAUGAGCCAGGCUGUGGAAGCAUCUACUCAACCACUGCGUCUGCUCUUCAGGAGCGCAGGGCCUACAUCCCCAAUGUUUUCAGGGGAAUCAACACCUCCGGCUCCUAUCAUGUCUAUGGUGACCACUGUGUCCCUGCUGGGAAGAUGGAAAGUUCUCAUAAUUUAAGAUGGUCGCAGGUACCGAACCCCAGGGUGGCUCACCAUGAGUCCAGCAACAUCAUCCCAUGUCCUGUUUUAUCCCACUCCUCUUUCCCCGCCACUAUCACCCGAGUGGCAGUAACCCAUGGGAGCAUUGAAGGCCACACGGAUUCAAUGGAGGAAGAGGGCAUACAGCACCCUCAAACCAACUCUUCGAGACUUUCCCCAAGCUUUAGCAAAGGGGUCAUUUGUAGCCCUCAAAGCCCCCUUAGAUCUGACUGCCAGCCAAACUCACCCACCGAGUCUUGCAGCAGCAUAAAUGCAAGUAUGAGCCUCAAACAGCCCUCAGACUACUCAAAAGAUGCCAAGGCUCGGAACUGGAAGAAGUACAAGUUUAUCGUCAUGAACCAAACCCCUGAUGAGACUGGAAAGGAGGCUCCGGGAAGUCCUGCUGAUGCCAGAGUGGCGUCCCCCUCACAGAGCCCCUCCAGAGUUGGUGCAGCAGGUCCACAAAAUGAGCUCCAGACAGAAGAUGGAGCAGGUGAACACAGUGAGGAGAGGGCUUCGGCUCAGAGUGUCCACAGUUGCAGCAGCAGAUGUUCAUCCUGCAGCUGUGACAGCCCUCAGCGUGUGGAAGCCGGUCACCUCUCUCCUGACACAUACAGCAUGGAUGACAAUACAAAGCUGCACUCAGAUUUUUCCUCCUCGAGCUGUGAAAAUAACUGCUGCAACAGGUGUGAAUCAAAGUUCAACGAUGGGGAUUCCCUGAAAGAGCACUCUGUUCAGGUCCACAGGGACAAACCAUACAAGUGUGAUUGCUGCCAGGCUGCCUUCCGCUACAAGGGCAACCUGGCCAGCCACAAGACCGUUCACACUGGUACGAAGCCGUACCACUGCAGCAUUUGUGGUGCUCAGUUCAACCGGCCAGCCAACCUCAAAACUCACACCCGUAUUCACUCUGGAGAAAAGCCAUACAAGUGCGAGACUUGUGGCUCCCGAUUUGUCCAGGUGGCUCACCUCCGUGCCCAUGUGUUGAUUCAUACCGGAGAGAAACCGUAUCCAUGCGAAAUCUGUGGAACCCACUUCCGCCACCUUCAAACGCUCAAAAGCCACAUGCGCAUUCAUACCGGAGAGAAGCCUUAUCAUUGUGAAAAAUGCAACCUCCACUUCAGACACAAAAGCCAGCUCCGACUUCACCUCCGCCAGAAGCACGGGGCCGUCACCAACACCAAGGCUCAGUACCGCAGGUCCCCCAGCAGCAUGGUCACGGGCCUGGUGAGCUCCUGCUGAGCCCGCUGCAGACGUGUCACCGCCGCUCCUCCCAUACCAACCAGCAUGCUGUCAAAAAAAGCUUUUAUUUUUCCAAAGCACAAAUGGAAACAUAGAAUCAAACCUUUUCUCUUUUUGUUUUUAUAUGCUUGUAAAUGCUGCUCAUUAAUUAAUGUAAGCUCUUUGGCAUUUCAAAGAUUGAAGUUAAUGCUGUUAUUGUGAAUGUCUAUGAGCAGAAUGUAAGUCUUGAAUGUGAAUUGGACUGGGUAUUUCUAAAGAGGAGCCCUCGUUGUGAGUCAUGUUGAGUCACUGUUACACUUUUCCUUCAGAUGUUGCUAGGAAUUUACCGAGUCAUAUAAUAUUUUACUAAUAUUUUUCAUGAGGCUGUUUCUGUUCAAAAAGAUUAUAUUUUCCAAAUGCCAUCUGCUGGCAGAGUAUGAAUAUAUUUACAUUAAAUAUAUUUUUUAUGACACGCAGUUGGCUCCACUGUGUAAAUUAAGGGCUUAUUUAGUAGUGUAGUCGUUUGUGGUACAUACUGUAAUAUGUAUAGACUCUCACUCGUUUUGAGAAGUUUCUGUUUUGCGCAUAUUUUUUUAAAAGAACUUUAAAGGUUGACAUUAUGGUGUUUUGCACAUACUCAUGAUGCUGUAAUCUGUAUGUCAUAAUUUUCAUUCAAAUAUUUCCACCUUAAAUGUUCUCAGUGGCUCGUUAAACCCCAUUCCCAGCGCUUGUUAUAUUUUAUUUGUAUUUUCGGAGGGCUUUCUCCCGACGUGAUGCUGCGGCGAUCUGUUUGUCCCAGCGGCAUCAUUACGUUUUUUUUUUAAUAUAUAUAAAAUUGUUUGAUACUGCUAUUAUAUAAAGUAGCACAUUUAUAGUGCCUUACAUUGACUAUUCUUAUUGGGCGUUUCCCCAGGGUUGAGGAUUUUUGCAUUCUAACUGUGAUGGUAUGAAAGUCCCGGUAGUUAUGAUCUGCUUUUAUGGUAUGUUAUGUAUUUGGUACUUGGCCUUGAUACAAUAUAUGUAUUUUGAGGUACUAUAGGUUCGGAAGCUCAUAGUUGUAUGUGUGAAGCUCUUUAAAUGCAGAUACCAGGGCUCAAGCUAAAAUACUCAGGAAUAAAAUGUAAGCAAAUGUCUUUUUUACAGCAGAUUGUGCGCAUGUGUGUGCGUGUGUGUAUGUAUAUAUAUAUAUAUGAAAUAUAUUUAUAUGUAUAUCAUGGAAAUAAAAUGUGUAUU